AUUAUAAAUUUGGUUAUUAGAUGACAAUCGGUACAUUUCCAAAGUGUAGCUUUCAUCUAACAUUUCUAUUACUUAUGCCUAACUCAUUUGAAGGUUCUCAAUAAAAAUUUGUAUUGAGAAACUGAUACACUGAGAAAUAUGCGCCAUACCCUAAUCGGAACAUUCUUUGAGGUUAUUAAAAACAAAACUCUUUUUCAGUUUGACUCUUUUUAAGAAUUAACAUGAGUUUUGCUGGAAUUUUCACUAAAUACUCUAGGAUGUUAUUUAAUCCUAUUCAACAAUAUACAACCAGAAAUUUAUUCACCGAUGUCAAUCCUCUGGCAUUUAGAAUGACAGAUAUACUCUUAGGUGAACCGUUGAAAAAGAAAAAAAGAUUAGAUCCUCAAGUUAUUAGAAGAAGGGAAGAUCGUAAAUUGAAAAAAAUUACCAAAGCAAUUCGUCGUCUUGAGAAGCAUGCAAGAAAACUUAAACCCAUUGAUGAGUGUGAAAUUCCAUUCAAAUUAAUAGAUGAAAAAGAAAAAAGAACUCGUCCACCUCCAAAUUUGUCUAACGAAGUGAUAGAUCGGAGAGCAUUACUCCAAAAAGAAUGGGCUAAUUACAAGCGAAUCCAAAGUAUUUCUGACAUGAAUACAAUAAACAGUAUGAUUGAAUCACAACAAAAAGCUCUAGAUGAGCUACGUAAUGAGUCAGAAGAGCUUUAUCAAGCGGCAAUAAAAUUAGAUAUUUCUUCAAUGCUACCAUGUGUAUCCGAGGGCCCAGGAGUCUUAUACACUACACCUAUUCCUAAGUAUUUUACUCCAGAUGGUGAAUACACGGACAUUACUAAGAGAUAUGAGGGUCAAGAUGAAUUAGAAGAACGACUAAAAAAACAGCGUGAAGAUAAUGUAGCUAAUGUACAAUCAGCUUGAAUAAGAAUAUUCUUUAUACUUUAAAUAAACAAGUAUUUAAUCCUUUUGUUUUAUUACCAUCAAUUUAUAGUUUCGAAGUGAUAGAAAUAAAUAUUUGUGUAAUAACUAUA